AUGGACACUGCAGAGGCCAUGCUGAGUGUGUUGGUGGUGCUCAUCAUCCUCGUGUCGCUGCUGUCCAACGUGCUGGUGCUGGUCUGCUUCCUGUACAACCCCGAGAUCCGCAAGCAGGUGCCGGGUCUGUUCACGCUCAACCUCACCUUCUGCAAUCUGUUGCUGACCGUGUCCAACAUGCCGCUCACUCUGGCGGGACUCGUCAACCGAGGCGCGCCGGGCGGGCACGGCAUGUGUCAGGCGGUGGGCUUCCUGGAGACCUUCCUGUCCACCAACUCCAUGCUGAGCAUGGCGGCGCUGAGCAUCGACCGCUGGCUCGCGGUGGUGUUCCCCCUGAGGUACCACUCCAAGAUGCGCCACCGGGACGCCGCGCUCGUGCUGGGGUACACGUGGGUGCACUCCAUGUCCUUCUCCACGGUGGCCAUCUGUCUGUCCUGGGUGGGCUACCACCGACUCUACGCGUCGUGCACGCUGUCCAGCGCGAGGACGAGCAACCGGACGCAGUUCGUGGUGUUCACCGUGUUUUUCCACGCCUUCACGUUUCUACUGUCUUUUGUAGUGCUUUGCGUCACGUACCUCAAAGUGCUUCAGGUGGCCAGGUUCCACUGUCGGAGGAUCGACGUCAUCACCAUGCAAACUUUGGUGUUGCUGGUGGACAUCCAUCCGAGUGUUCGCCAGCGCUGCCUGGAGGAGCAGCGGAGGAGACGCCAGCGCGCCACCAGGAAGAUCAGCACCUUCAUCGGCACCUUCAUGCUCUGCUUCGCCCCCUACGUGAUCACAAGGAUUGUGGAGCUGUUCCCCGCCGUGCCUAUCAACCCUCACUGGGGGAUCGCGUCCCGUUGUCUGGCGUACAGCAAGGCGGCGUGCGACCCCUUCGUCUACUCCCUGCUCCGCCACCAGUACCGCAAGACCUGCAGUGACAUCAUCAACCGAGUGCUGAAGAAGCAGAGCUCCCAGAAUGCAACGGGGCCCGGCCAGCGGCAGAACCAGCACCAGGGCAACAGCAUACCGAGCGCGGAGUGA